CAACUUGUCCAACAAGCUACUCUCCCUCUUUCCCUCCAAAAACUCUCUCUUCUUUCUCAUGAUUUCUGUGGAGGUUCAGGAGGAUGAGAAGAUGAGUUCUGCGUUGAAGGACGGAGUAGUUGGAGUGGGAAGAAAGUUGUUGAUGGCGACUUUCGUAGUAUCAUCCGCGCCGCUGGUUGUUCCGCCGCUUGCGGUGAUUUCUGCCAUGGGAGCACUUCUGUCGGUGCCUUGUGGAGUGUUCUUGGCUAGCUACGUUUGUACUCAUAAGCUCAUGAGUAAGUUGCUUCCCGACGCCACUCCUCCUCUUCUUAGUUCGUUUCUCCUACCUUAUGAGGUUGAGGACGAGGAUGGUAAUUUAGGUUUGGUUAAGGAAAAUGAUGAAGAAGAUGAGGUUGGGGUUGAGAUUGAGUAUCCGUCUGAGAAGCAACCGGAAGAUGGGGUGAAGGUGGAUGGAAUUGAAGAAAAACAAGUGGAAGAGCAAGAUGAGACUGAAACAGGAGAAGCUAUUCAUGUCCAACUUGUUACUACAACUAUACAAUACCAGGAAAAGGCAGAGGACACCUCUGCACCAUCUGAUACACAACAAAUUUCUGAGAGAGAGGAACUUGAAUUCAAUGUGACUCCAGUUUCCUUGACUUGCAUUGAGGUGCCCAUUCAAACAGAUGGGGCUGAACAGAAAGUACAAGAUCAAAAUAGGAGAGAUGACAAUCAGAUUGAACCAUCAUCAACCGAAUUUGUUCCCCAGAGCAAACCAGGAGAAGCAAAAGAUGCCACUAAUGUCCAACUAAUACUAGUGGAUACUACAGUGUAUCAAGAAAAGCCAGAGGAUACAUCUGCACCUUUGAAUAUCAACAAACAAAUUUCUGAGCAAGAGGAAUAUGAAAAUAAUCACGCUCGAGUUUCCUCAGCUUCCAAUGAGGUUCAGCUCGAUGAAGAAAAGAUAUGGGAGCGGAUGGACGCAAUGAGAGUAAUAGUAGGAUAUAAAGGUGCAAGAAGCACAAGUUUUAUUGAGGAGCUGAAGGCUCUUUACAUCUUUACAGGAGUGGAGCUUCCUGCCUCUUUCAUGGAUACAUCUGAUCUUGUGGAAGUCAAUGACAAGCUUCGUUUUCUCAUGUCGGUGGUAGGAGUUAAGUAACUUUGAAACCUUUCUGCUCUCCAAUUGGCUGUUAGUAUCUUUAGAUGUUUUUGUGCUCUAAACAUGGUCUUUGCUGUUUUAGGAUUUUGACAUUAGAAACACAGGCUAGUAGUUUGCAGAAUUGUGUCUUAAUGCUUGUUUUUUAAAUAUCUUUGGCUGUGUUAUGAACAAAAUGAACUUUGUUCAGGUUUCGUUGAAAAAUUUAAACUUAUUUUUCAAAGUGA